AUGUAUGGGAGAGGGGGAGGAUGUAUAGGAGAGGGAAGGGGGAUGUAUGGGAGAGGGAAGGAUGUAUUGGGAGAGGAAAUGUAUGGGAGAGGGGAGGGAGGAUAUAUGGGAGAGGGAAAGGAGAAUGUAUGGGAGAGGGAAGGGAGAAUGUAUGAGAGAAUGAAGAGAGGAUGUAUGGGAGAGGAAAUAUAUGGGAGAGGGGAGGGAGGAUGUAUGGGAGAGGGAAGGGAGGAUGUAUGGGAGAAGGAAGGGAGAAUGUAUGGGAGAUGGAAGGGAGGAUGUAUUGUAGAGGAAAUGUAUGGGAGAGGGGAGGGAGGAUGUAUGGUAGAGGGGAGGGAGGAUGUAUGGGAGAGGGAAGGGAGAAUGUAUGGGAGAGGGGAGGGAGGAUGUAUGGGAGAGGGAAGGGAGAAUGUAUGGGAGAGGGGAGGGAGUAUGUAUGGGAGAGGGAAGGGAGAAUCUAUGGGAGAGGGGAGAGAGGAUGUAUGGGAGAUGGAAGGAUGA